AUGGCGGUUCAAGGUGUAAAAGGACUUGCUACAGACUACACGGAUUGGCCGGCAGACGUAUGCAAGUAUUCCGCUGUGUUUGAAGACAUUCUGGUUGUAGGCACGUAUAUGUUGGAUGAAACAACUAGAUUACGACAUGGAAAACUUGUUUUGUACGAUACUCAAGAGAAGCAACUAAAUCGAAUCUUUGUUAUGCACUGCGAUGCUAUUCUAGAUUUCAAAUGGUCUCCUCGUGAUCCCUCUAUUCUAGCAGUCGCCCAUUCUACUGGUCAUAUUUCGUUUUAUCGCCAUCAAUUCCGUGCGGAACUUAUGUUUUUACGAGGAAUUAGGUUAGCUGAUUCUAGUGUGCUUAUACUUGCUUUGGAUUUUUCAGAUGAUGGCAAAGACCUCUCCGUUUCACUCUCCAACGGUGCUGUUAUUACUAUUGACAUCAUAUCCGGAGUCAUAAAAAAUACGUGGAAGGAGCACCAAUAUGAAGCUUGGACUGUUCAUUAUUCUCGCGACGACAACAACCUACUGUAUUCUGGUGGAGAUGAUGCAGUAUUAAACUGCUACGAUCAAAGAAUUCCUUCUUCUUGUGUGUGGAAGGAUAUCAAAUCGCAUCAGUCAGGAGUUGUCUCUGUCCUUUCUCGUCCCACCUUUGGUUCGUAUAUAGCCACUGGCGAGUAUGGAGAUCUUAUGCACACGUUAGAUACAAGACGCAUUGGUCGACCUGUUGCUGAUGCCAAUCUUGGCGGUGGUGUCUGGCGACUAGAGCACAUGUAUUCCAACGACGAUUAUCAUCAAGUUUUAGGUGUCUUGAUGCACCGUGGUGCCCAAAUUCUUCGUAUCGCUAAUGACUUUUCCUCCAUCGAUGCCAGUAGCGGCGUUUUUCAUGAUCACCAGAGCAUGUGUUAUGGAGGUGAUUGGCGACGUAAGGAUAGCUUGAUUGCUACUUGCUCUUUUUAUGAUAAACGUGUUUGUCUUUGGGAAGAUGCAAAUCACCCCUUGGAUUGA